AUGUAUCCCUCCUCGCGGCGUCAGGGAGGGGCGGCGGCGUCAGUCGGCGUUCGUUCGACGCUGCCAAGGGCAGGUGUGAGCAGCACAGCUAUGCCGGCCGCGCACGGUGGAGGAGAGGACGUCAACGGUGAGUCGUUGGCGUCCAACACGGGGUACUACUACAGCAAGCACUACGGUAGCGACCAAGCCAGCUACUACAUCUCAAGCACCUACGGCUACUACAACAACCAAGGCGAGUACCCAGGAGGUGGUGGCGGCAGCGGCUGCUCGACGAGCAUGCCCUACGGAUCUACCUCUGGCCCCAUGGCAGGUAGCACCAGCAGCGGCGCAGGGGCGAAUGAUGGCCAAUCAGUGCCCGUGUACUCUUUUCCCUACCAACCGUCGUCGUCCGCGACGGCGAAUCCGCAGCAACACCCGAACCAGCCCUCCACCCAAUACCAGCAGUCACAGCGACAGCAGCCACCGCCGCCGCCACAACAACAACAGCAGCAGUCUCAGUAUUCACCGCAGCAACAGUCGCCCUACAGCUCACAGACGCCAGGCACGGAGCAGGGUAGCAGUGCCUAUCAGAGCUAUUAUCAGCAGACCUACCAGCCACCGCCGCAGCAGCCGCAGCCGCGGCCGCAUCAGUUCUCGAUGACAGCCUCCACCUCUCAAACCCUAGGCGAGGAGAGUCAGUACUACAGCUACUACUACAGCAGCGGCUCUGCCCAGCGUCGUGGCAACGCCCGCACGGCGAGCGGCGGCAGCGGGGCGCACUACUACAACUUGCAACAACAGCAGCAACAACACGGAUACCCGCCGCCAUCAUCCGGCGAGGGGGAGGCUCUCUACAAUCAGGGCAGCAAUAUGCCGAGCAGCAGUCAAGGGGGCGCCACAGAGGGCUACUACCAGCAGUAUGCUCAAUGUCCAGCAUACUCAUUUCAGGGCUCUCCGCCUUCUGCACAGCAGCAGCAGCCACAACCCCAGCAGUCCCCCUACACGGGUGGGGAGGGCCAAAGUUCCGCCGUCUCCGCGUCAUACGGCCACGCCAUACAUGCGGCGAGCAGGAGCAGCCAGCCUUGCAGCACCAGUACUAGCGCUUACGGUGGCGAGAGCGAUGCCGCACAGGGUACCUCGGCGGCGCGCUACGCCGGUGGCGCGUAUGGCCAGCCAGAUAAUGCAGGCAGCAACAUGAACGGGUCCGAGGGUGGCGGCGUUGGCGGGCGUGGUUAUGGUUCUGGCACUGCAACAGCAGCUGCGGGUAAUGGUGGCCCUGGUGUCGGCGGCGCUAGUGCAAGCGGAGGCUACUACGGCGCCGGCUACGCCACCGGCUAUAGCGCACCAGCGCCGCAUGCCUCUCGCACACGAGGUGUGCCGUACACAGACGCCGGCGGUGACACCGGCGGCAUGCCCCUCGUCCCCGCCAGUGGCAAGAGCGGCCAGGCAGCGGCCAGUGGCAGUUACCCCUCUCCACAGCAAGGGAGCGGGGCUGAGGUUGAGGAUGGCGGCCAGUCGUAUCACGGCUACGCGGCGAACGGAUACCGCGACUACUACGCGGCUGCAAAUCCGAUCGGCAGCAGCGGGAUCAGUCCUGGGUACACCUACCCUGUAGGCCACGCCUCGCCACAGCAGCAAACCAUCGCUUAUCAAGCCUCCUAUGCCUGCGGAGAGGCGCAGCCGGGCUCAUCCGCCGCCGCAUCGCCACCGGCCGCUGAAAACCAUCAACGCAGCAGCGGAGGCCCACCUCAGGCGCCGCAGCAGCAGUUCCAGCGGGGUGGUAGCUUCUAUGCGACUGAUCCUCGCUAUAGCGGUGGCGGUGAUAGCAAUGGUGGCAGCUACGACGCUCACGGCUAUACCCCACAUAAUCUGCAGCAGCAACAGCAGCAGGGGUACUACCGUGGUUACAGCGGCCCCUCGCAUCCGCAGCACCGGGCUGACGCAAGGCCGGGCGGAGCAUCGAUGCCCGUCAGCCGCACCUCUCAGUACGUGUCGCAGCCACCGGAGACGGCGCCGCGGCGGUACGAUGUUGCGGAGGCGCAAGGCAAGAAUGACAGGGCAGAGGAGCUUGCCAGGACGCAGGCGUCGGACGACAUGGUGCCGAUGUCGUCCGUGAGGAGCAUGGGCCACAGCAGGAGCAACAGCAGCGGCAACGGUCGCGGCGACGGCGGUGUUGGUAGUGCGGCCCCAGUGCCAUCUCGCAAGAGAGGGAAAAAGCGAGGGAACAGCGGCACCGAACGUGUGCAGUCCGCUGCACACACUGAGGGGGCACCCGAAGCAGCGGAGAAGGAUGGAAAGCAUGGGCCGUGCGGCCAACGCAGUGCUGAAGUCAGCACUCACGUCGCGCCUGCGUCCGCCAAGAGUGCGGAGUGCCAGUGGCAGGCCUCGUCUCAGCAGGCGGACGCGCCGAUACCGGAGCAAACAUUGGUGACACGCGAGCCGCUCGUCUCACUAGAGUUGCCAUCCUCCUCGCUGAACGCGCCACGUCCCCAGCAACCGCCGCCGCAGAAUGCGGGCGAGGACAGCACUACUGGCAGGAGCGACGGAGUGCCGAAGGACGCGGUCCGCUCGCAGCAGGCGAGUGAUCGCUGCAUACUUCCCAAGGGUAGCACGACUGCAGCGGCGCACGACAGCGGUGAGUCUUCGCUAAGCAGAACGGAGGACGACGCUGAUGAAGAGGCUGAAGCCGACUACGCCACCGAGACUUUCAUGGACAGCAAGCGUGAUACCGCCACAUCAGCCAUGGCUGCGAUUCUAGUCGGCCGCCAAGGUGCCGGCUCCACUGGCAGCGAAAGUUGCAGGCAGCCGCAGCAGCGCAGCAGCAGCACCGAGCGCAGUGCUGCGCACGCGAGCUCUGCAUCACAUGGCAGCGGCAGUGGUAGUGGUGCGCAGAGCUUCCUGCGGCCCUCUCCGCUAACGCAGUGUCUCGGCGCGCCAUUCCACACAUACAUCUGCGGCGCCAUUGUAGAGCAGGCGGCGCAGCUGCAGACAAGCGCGUGUUCGUCCUCAGCCACCGGUGGCGGGUCCGGAGUCGCGGCUGGGAGUGCGGGUAACCCGCCCGCGUCCCUCUCGACGGCCGCACUUGCAGUGAGGCCGGCCAUGUACGCCCCUGUCCAGCGCCUGCUGUCGCGCGAGAUGUCGCGUGGGGCGUACAACGCGGCUGGGGAAAGGGACCGCGGACUAGCGCGUCCGUCCAUGGACAGCGGUGACGUCGAUGCCGAGGAGGCCCCCGCGUGCGGCGAGGAGGACGAGGGGUACGCCCAUGGCGGAGCGGAGGCGGCAGAAGCGGCGGGCGAGGGCAGCAAAGAUGAGGGUGCCGAGGGCGGCCUCGAAAGCGUGCACGACCUCGGUGGUGUGAAGCCCGCCACGAAACCCCUCACAGCCGACGCGCUGGCGGCUGCGCGGGAUACAUCCGACACGACGGCUCCCCCACCUCGUCCCAGCACCACGCUCACAGACAGCUCUCUCCGCUCGAUUGGCGGCCGGCCCCAGCACCUGCACCUCGUCGCCCACCACCACAGCCACCACAUGCGACGAUCGACUCCCGCCUCAGGCGUGUCAUCGCCCUCGGUGCCGAUACAGCACCACUGUCACGCCUAUCAUGGCACCUCGCCUUUUCUGCAACCGGCCUCGCUGGCUGCUGGCUGCACCGCGUCUCUCUCGGCAGGCGGCGGCGCAGCCGCGAACAAAUACGCACAGUCUCCGAAAAGUGGCUCGAGUGCAGCGCUGCCGCCGCGGCUUCCCAGCGGUGGUGGGGGCAGCACACCGCACCUGCACCGAGCUGGUGGCGGGUCGCGCGAGGGCAGCGGCGCCGCUGCGACCAUGCAGCAGCCACCUUCCAUGAUUUCGUACACCCACCGCUACCCCAAUCAGCCCUCGUUCGAUCUAGACGGUGGCCGCUGUGCCGUUGUGAUGGAGGGGGCAUCAGGAGACGCGGAGGACCACCUGCAGUACUGCUACCAAGGAAACAACACUCGUGCCUGCAACGCCACGAAACUGCCACUCCGCCAACAGCAGCAGCAGCAGAGUACAGGGGCGGAGGGCGCCAUCAGCGGCCGUCGUGCCGGCCCCGGCGGCACCUCGCUGACGUCCUCGCCCGCUACCGUGGUGUGCGGCUCCACGUUUCUCAAUACACCCAGCCAAAGCAGCCUCCUACUCGCGAACGGUGCAACGGCUCGGCCGGGGUCUGCCACGCCGUCGCCCACCAUACAACAGCACCAGCACCAACGGGUCGCCAACAGUGGCAGCGCCAGUCGUUUCACGACGAGCCCAAACGGUGGCGGCCAGCAAGGCAGCAUGAAUGGACCAGCGAACAAAAUUAGCAGCACCGGUGGCAGCAGCCAUCGCGUUGGUUCUCCGGCGCACAACCGCUACACCAGUCCCACGCACACGAAUGGAUAUCACGCCGGCGGCAGCCAAAUCAGCUUGCAAGCAGGCGGGCGCUACCCGAUGCCGGCGACGCGUCCGCCCUACAUCUACGAGCACCAUGUGGGGCAGGAGCUACUUCUGGAGGAGUUCCACGCCGCAAUGCGCUUCAACGCCGCGUCCUUUGGCAAUAUUGCGUGCCUCGUGGACGCCUUCUCCCCGCAGGUGCCGGUGGCAAGCGAUCUCGAGUUCCCUUGCAACGAGGACCAGUGCCAGCUUAUCUGCACCCGCGGCAACAGAGGGCUCUCUUCGUCACCUGGCGGCGGCAGUAGUCAGCACGGUUCCGCGCAGGGCAGUCGCAGCAGCCGUGGCGGCACAUUUCUCGUCCCCCAGAGCGAAGACGCGCGCACUACAGGCGGAGCAGGACACAACAGCACGAGCGUCGGCAGUGGCGGCCAGGAAGGGUCAGCGCUGCCGAUACUGCGUCCAGCGCAAGCAGAUCGGACGCACUACUGGGACUUCGCCGGCCCCUCCUACUGUGAGCCGGUCAUGACGCUCAAGUCCAUCUGGCAGAGCUUCGACAGCCCGUUCGGCUGCGUCGUGAACCUCGCCGAGCCGAUCUACCCUGCGCCGAUGCGACCUGCUGAGGGCGAGCUGGUGUAUACACCGCUUUUGAGCGGCUUCCGCAUUCGCUUCCACCCAGCCUCACCGGCGUGCAAGCGUCUCACCGCGCUGCGCGAGGUUCGCCGCCAGCGGCGUCGGGAGGAGGCUGCGGCCAGUGAGAUCGUCGGUGUGUCAGCGGAAGAUGAGCAUGCCACCACUGGCGUGGAAGGGGUGGUCCGUGGCGGCGGCAGCAGCCAUACAACAGGCUCCUACGCGGAGGAGGAUGGCGUACUCACGUGGAGCGCCACCGACCGGCCUAACAAUCGGAACAUCAUCGUGGAGCAAAUCGUGGAGCUGGCGAAGUGCGACGAGAGCUACGCAGAGCUGCUAACCGCCACUACGGCAGAUGUUGACCACCAGUCGUGGGUGGCGCUCAUGUGGCAGCCUGUGUUCUGUGGCGGCCAUUCCUCGAAGCACAGCUGCGGCACCUUCCUCGCCUACUACCUCCUUCGAGCACCGCGGCACCUGUUUGUCCCGUUCGCGGAUAAGAGUGAAGGCGCGGCGAUGAACAGCUCGUGGAACAGCCCCGUCUUCCGCGGCGACCGCGCUGCGCUCUCCUUUGACCUCUGGAGCCUGCAGAGGCACUACCACGUCGCGCGCUGGGUCUCGCCGCCGCCGAUGACGCACAUUAUGACGGCGCUGUCCGUCGACGGCGAGGACGAUGAGCCGGACAACGGCUCGUUCUCGUGCGCGUCCACCAGCCGCGGUCGCAAUUCGUGGGAAGAGGGGCAAACCGGCUGCGCGUCAAACCACACCACGGAGAGCUUCGCCGUCAGCACCAACGGCGACUCGCGUGUGCGUCUCCGCGACGUCUACCCUGGCAGCACCGGCGCAGGCGCUGUCGUUGGCGGGGAAAGCAGCAGCAUCACGAUCGCCGGCGCCGUCACCGCCCUGCACACCAUGACAGGCACCGCGAACGCAGCAGCCUGUCCCACAAGAGAAAAGACGGCGACGUUCGUGCGCAUUCCUCUGGUCGGCCUGAUCCCGAACCGAUGCCGCUCCGAGGUGUGGUUCAAGCCCGUCUACGACGCAUCGCUGAUGGACGCGCAUCGCCAUGGUGGCGGUAGCGGCGGUGAUGGAGCGGGGGCCGGUGCUUCCGGUGGUGGUGCUGGCAUGGGUGCCUCGAGCGGACUCGGUGGUGCUGGGGGCGGCGGCAGCAGCGCUGGAGGCAAUGUGAGCGACAACGGAGACCACACAGGCCUCUACGCCUUUUACGCACCCCUCUUCCUUAUUGUGACGGCGCUGCAGCUGAUGUGCUGGGACGCCUACAACGAGUGGGAGCGCAAGUCGCCCACUUCCGCGGCCGCAGCUGGUCGACCGUCGACGUUCGCCGAGGUGAGAAGAGAUGCAGAGGACUCUGAGGCGGCCAUUGGCGGGGCUUCUGGUGCGGCUGGCACCCCCUCCUCGUCCUUCACUCCUUCACCUGCGACGGCGGAGGAGGCGAUGGCGGCUGCGCAGCGACAGCAGCAGCAGCAGCAACAGUCGGACUACGAAUUGGAAGCCACCGCCGGUGCUGGAACCGGGGGCGGAAAUCCAAGCAGAGGCGCGGCAGCUCAUCGCAAAAACCCGUGGUCCUCCUACGUUGCUAAAGGUGUCGAGCUGAUGACGGAGGCGGCCCGGCAGUAUCGCGCCGUGCGCGAGGUGGCUAACCUGGACGGCAGCGCCGAGGAGGGCACCAAUGGCUGUGCUGUAGUGUUCAGCAGCGGCGGCUCUGCUGCGACGACGAGCGAAGGGUGUAUCGGCAGUGCAGAGGAGAAGCGGCCGGUUGAAGGGGACAAGAGCGUGGCGAAGCAGCAGCGUGGUGGAUGCGCGGUUGUGGCCGGCGGAACAAGCAGCUCUCUGUGCGACCCGGCUGCUCGCGUGAUUGCAGGGCUGCUCGACUACUAUCAGUGGGCGCAGUACGAUACCUCUCUUACGGCACUCGCAGCCGCCUACUGUGCCACAUAA